CCAGGAGGAGAUGGGGUGGCAGUUAGCCUGGAAAGGGGCUCAGAGCCAUGGGAAGGACUGCAGGGGCCACGCGCUCGAGCCGGGCCCCUGGGCCUGGGGAGCGCCGCAGUGGCUGGGGGGCUUGGGGCUCUUUUCUUUUGUCUCUUUGUCCGGAGAGCCUUAUGUAAGAACUCUUCUUGGGAAACAGGAAGUCCAGCUUGCCAAGUUCAGCACAGGGAGUAGCACAGGCCUGGUUCCAGCACACCAGGCCCAGCCUUAACCCCAGCACCCUGCCAGUUUCUUGUCCCGGGUUCUCUUCCCUGCUGGCCCCUCAACCCCUUUUUUUUCAUCUCCAGUCACCCCUAACGAGCCUCCUGAGAGAUCCCGUCCAGGCCUGAGUCAGAGGCUCUGCCCCACUCACCUUCAAAACCUCAAUGCUGCCCAGUUUAUACCCCUUGCCUGCUCCUGGCACCAUGCCCCAUAACCAACCGACCUUCCCUCCUCCAGCUCAGGGGCCGUCCCUGGGCUCCUGAAUGCUGGCCGCUCCUUCUGGGUGUCACAGGCCGCGCUGUCCUUCCUAGACCAUUGGCACCAAAUUCUCCCGAGGCUGGGAGUUGGGGUGGGGGGCAGAGUGACACCAGCUCUACAGGGGGGGGCCAGGGGUGCUAACAGCACCCCGAGUCUGCUUUCUUCCUCUCUCCUUUUUAUUCUCCAGUUCCUUUUUAUUUCUCCCUUGCGUAACUGCGCUCUUCCCUUCUGUGCUUGCCUGUAUUCCCACCCUCCCUGCCACCUCCUGGCCACCUCAUUUCUGAGACCACGGCUGUGGGCAGCAUCCCCAGCUCAUGCCAGCCUCAUCUCCAGGUAACAUGGGGGGCUCGGUCCGAGAGCCGGCCCUCUCGGUUGCUCUCUGGUUGAGUUGGGGGGCGGUCCUGGGGGCUGUGACCUGUGCUGUGGCGCUACUGCUCCAACAGACAGAGCUGCAAAGUCUGAGGAGGGAGGUGAGCCGGCUGCAGCAGCGGGGCGGAGCCCCUUCCCAGAAGCGGGGAGAAUGUCCAUGGCAGAGCCUCUGGAAACAGAGUCCCGAUGUCCUGGAAGCCUGGAAGGAUGAGGCGAGGUCUAGGAGGCGAAGAGCAGUGUUCACCCCGAGGCACAGGAAGAAGCACUCAAUCCUGCAUCUUGUUCCUGUUAACAUUACCUCCAAGGUGGACUCUGAUGUGACCGAGGUGAUAUGGCAACCAGCUCUGCGGCGUGGGAGAGGCCUGGAGGCCCAAGGAUACAUUGUCCGAGUCUGGGACACUGGAAUUUAUCUGCUCUAUAGCCAGGUCCUGUUUCAUGAUGUAACGUUCACCAUGGGUCAGGUGGUAUCUCGGGAAAGCCAAGGGAGACAGGAGACUCUAUUCCGAUGUGUCCGAAGUAUGCCCUCAGAUCCUAACCGGGCCUACAAUAGCUGCUACAGUGCAGGUGUCUUUCAUUUACAUCAAGGGGAUAUUCUGACUGUCAAAAUUCCACGGGCAAACGCAAAACUUAGCCUUUCUCCGCACGGAACCUUCCUGGGGUGUGUGAAACUGUGAUCGUGCUAUCAGAGGGGGUUCUGAACUGAGAAGAGCAGUAUGGGCCCGUACUGGAGGCUGCAAGGACUGGCCAGACAAAGGACAAGCAGAUGGUCAAGAAGGGAUCUCCUUGGGUUUGAAUCCGUGACUCUUGUCCCUCCCUCUGACUUUCCCCCUCCCCCUCCCUGGGCUUUGACUUAAAGGAUAUUAAAAAGGUACAAGAUUUUGCGUUUA